AUGUGCUAAUGUCAACUUGUGUAAUGAAUGUAGUGAACAUGGCCACUAAGAAUGUAGUUGCUGAUCUAACUAAGGGUGAGAAACUAGAUGGAACCAACUAUGAUAUGUGGCAUAGAAAAAUUCAAUAUCUGCUUAAUGAACAAGAGGUCCUUGAAACCCUAACCAAUGUGAUGAUGCAACCUGAAAAUGGGAAUACUGCCCAACAUCGCCGUGACUUAGAGGCCUAUGAGUCUUGGGUUAAGAAAGAUCGUUGUGCACGCUUCACUAUGCUGAGUAGCAUGCACAAUGAUCUUAUUGGGGAGUUUGAGAACUACCCAAAUGCCCAAGAGAUGUGGAACCAGCUUAAGAUUGCCUUUGGAGGGACUUCAGCAACUAGGUUGCGAGCUCUUACUUUGAAGUUUGAGCAAUAUGUUAUGGAUUCAAAACAUAGCAUAGCUGAACAUCUAAGGACAAUGUCAGCAUUGAUCCGUGACCUAAAGGCUGCUGGUAAUAAUCUCUCUGAUGAACAACAGGUCACAGCGGUGAUACGUUCACUGCCUGAACCUACUUGGGGGCAAAUGAAGCUUGUUUUGACACAUAGUGAGAAUAUCAAGACUUUUGCUGAUAUUUCUCGUCAUCUCGAGCUUGAGGCAGAGCGCAUGGGGGGCACCAAAACACCCUCCUUGUCGCCCAAUCUGGGCAGCGGAAGGCAUUCAGGCCUAAACGCAAAGGACAAGGGAGGAAUGCCAAAGGAGCUGGUAACCUUGGGCCUAAAGAAGGCAAGAUAGCAAAGCGCCAAAAGGGCAAGCGUGCUAAGAAGGACAAGGCAAAGAUCAAGUGCUACAACUGUGGUAAGAAGGGUCACUUCGCUCGUGAGUGCACUGAGCCGAAGAAGAUUCAGGAGCAACCAAACAUAUAGCCAGAGAUAGAGUUGGGUGUGUGGAUUACAAAAAGAUACCAACAGGC